AUGGUCCGGAAAGAAUGGACGACAUUGGAACCGCAAGAGAAGCGAUCACUGCUCGACGCAGUGCUAUGUCUGCAACGCCUACCCUCUAUAAGUGGUGACCUCGCGCCCGGUGCGAGAAGUCGAUAUGACGACUUUGUUGCAACACAUGUCAACCAGACUACCCGCAUCCAUGGCACUGGCAACUUCCUGUCGUGGCAUCGAUACUUCGCUUGGCAGUACGAACAUGCUCUUCGUAACGAAUGUGGCUACCAAGGUGCUCUGCCAUACAUCAAGGAGCCAAGAUACGCAUUCGAUCUCAUCAACGCACCAUUUUUCGACGGCAGUGACCUAUCGUUUGGCGGCAACGGGGCGCCAGAUGCAUCAAAUAAUGGAACGAACGUCCCAAGCAAUGCUGCACCGAACAUUGUGAUCCCACCUGGUUCAGGCGGUGGCUGCAUCACUUCUGGACCUUUCAAACAUAUGCGAGUCAAUCUUGGCUCGGUUGCGCCAGCGCUGAACGACGUGCCCAAGAAUCCGAGGCCAGAUGGGCUGGGCUACAACCCACGCUGCAUAAGGCGAGAUAUCUCCCAGUAUGCUGCAGAGAGGUGGUCGACGGAUCAGAACAUCACGGAUCUCCUCAAUGAAUCUGACAUUGGUAGCUUCCAGACCACGCUUCAAGGCGACUUUUCGAAAGGCUUUCUUGGUGCACAUACUUCUGGCCAUUUCUUCGUUGGCGGCGAUCCAGGCGGAGAUCUUUUCACAAGUCCAGGCGACCCGUACUUCUUCCUGCACCACGCCUUUAUGGACUUCCUGUGGUAUGUCUGGCAGUACCAGGAUCCGCAAAAUCGGGUUGAGGUGAUAGCGGGCACGCUCACAGUGAAUAAUUCACCGCCGAGCAGAAACGCAACUUUGGACGAUAUAAUAGAGCUUGGUGUCAACGCACCUGGCAUGAAGAUUCGUGAUGCAGUGAGCACUCUAAAGGGACCGUUUUGCUACAUCUACGAAUGA